AUUUUUUUAAUAAAAAUAUUAAUUCUUAAGGAAUGGCAUUAAAACUAUGGAAGAUUUUAAGGGAAAAUUAGACAAGGAAAAAGAGAUAAAUGAGCAGAUUAUUGAGGAAAAAGAGCAUUGCGAAGAAUAUAUUGAUGAAUUUAGUUUAUCUAAAUAUCAAAGGUGUUUAGAAAGAAAACCAUCUAUUCAGACAGAAAAGACACAUAUUCAUGGUACAUUUUCGUCAUUAAUGGAUGAGAAAUGUAUAGAAAUAACAUACAGUGAUUUUCUGGAUAAAAAAGGAGUAGAUAUGAGUGUUAUAUCACAAAAAAAAGGAUUGCAGAAAGUUAAUUUAGAUUACUCAAAGGAUAUAACAGAAGAUUCAGAAAAAGAGAAGAAUAUGGAUAUUAUAUAUAUGGAUAAUAGAAGAAAUAAUAUAUAUUAUGAAGGGGAAUUAGAAAAAGAAGUUAAAGAAAAUUAUUUUGAAAAUGUAUCGACAUUUAAACAAGAGUCGAAAUUACUUCAAAGUCUUGAUUUUAGGAAGUUUAUUACUCAACUUAGAUGUAAAUCAGCUAUUUCUAUAGCAAAAUAUAUGAAAAGUUUUAUUUAUGAGUUUUUACAAAAACCAUGGACGAUUAAGGAAAAGGUUAAAAUUAUUCAUGAUUUUCUAGGGUUUAUAUAUUUAAAGAUGCGACAUGUUGAGCCUUGGAUAAAUACAUCAGAAAUUGAGUUUGAUAAUGCAAAAGAAGGGAUGGAAAAGUUAAUUACAACGAGAUUAUAUGAGCAAAUAUUUUCUCCAGCUAUACCAUAUUUAUUUGAUGAUGUCAGUGGACAUAGCGAUGAUUUAGAAAGAGAUAGAAUUAUACAUGAAAAAAUUAGUAUGUUUAGUUGGGUUAAAGAGGAACAUAUAGAAGUUCCUUAUACGAAUUUAAAUCAGAAAUUUUUAGAGUUAGCAGGACAAGAACUUCUAAAAAUUAACUCUUAUCGUUCUCCAAGAGAUAAGAUUUUUUGUAUUUUAAAUUGUUCUAAGGUCAUUUUUGGUUUACUGAGAUAUGCAAAAAUUGAGGAAUCAGCGGAUAAAUUUAUUCCUACUUUAAUUUUAAUAAUACUUAAGACUAAUCCUGAACAUUUGAUAUCAAAUAUCCAAUAUAUAUCUCGGUUUAGGAAUCCGGAUAAACUUUCUGGGGAAUCUGAAUAUUACUUUUCUAGUUUAAUAGCUGCUGUUGCUUUUAUCGAAAAUUUAGACAAAUCAUCAUUAACAAUUUCUAAUGAAGAAUUUGAGAAGAAUCUGGAACAUGCUAUUAUUAGAAUUUCUCAGCAAAAAAAUAAGGAUAACAAAAUUAAAAAUACUCAAUCGAUGUCUUUUACUUUGUUAGGACCUGCAAAAGAAUAUAUUGCAUCUAAAUCAUCUAAUGUAUUUCGCAAUAUUCAAAAACCUCUUUUAUCUUUAGGAAAAAUAUUUAUGGAUCAAAAUACAGAAAAAUCAUAUCAACCUAUUAUUAAACAAUUAUCGCCUAAUCAAAUUCCUCAGAAUAUUAUAUCUACAACUAAUUUAGAUGAAAAAAGGUUAAUGUUAUCGAAAAUAAAUACUCCGUUUCCAAUGUCUAAAAUUACUACUGUUCAGGAAACACAAGGUGAAAUAGACUCUGAAACACUUAAUUUUCUUAGUCAAAUGUUUCCAUCUCUAGAUCUUGAUGUUAUUGCAAUAAUUAUCGAUUCUGAGAAUGGAAAAAUUAAUCCCACAAUUGAUAUUCUAUUAACAAUAUCAUCGGAUAUUUGAUAUCAUAUUUUUCAGAUAAAUUAAUAUUUUUAGCAUUUUGAAUAU